GGCCAGCAGAUUUCACAACACCAUCUCGCUUCCUUCAACAGAAGGCGAAACAUGGCCUCUCUACAGGGUCUUCCUCCAUUACCGAAGAGUCUAAGUGGCGUUAAUUUAUAUGAAAGCUGUGGGGGAAACUUGCACUUCGCUACUAUGGACCAGCAGCAGCAGAAACCGGAAGUGUCGACUCCUAGGGGAAUAACGAAGAGUGGAAGUUUUCGACAGUUGGCAUCGCAGAAUCCCACUUCCGGUAGUGUUGGGGGUUCUGGUGGCGUCAAUGGUAAUAGUGGUGCAGUGAGAGUGGUACCUUCGUCUAGUGGGCGUGGACCCACACCACCAACCCCGGGAGGAACCCCACGUCAACAGAUUGUGCACCAUCAACAUGUACGGAGUCUUCAGCAGAACGGAGAUGGUGUACCCCCUCCGAUUGCACCGCGUGUCCGGAAACCCAUGGCAUUAGACGCACAGCUGGCAGUCCUCAGGAAGGAGAUGUUUGGCCUUCGUCAGCUGGAUCUCUCCUUACUGUCUCAGCUUUGGUCCCUCAACGAGUCAAUACAAGAAUUCCGACAGCUCCUACAGGAACAAGAGGACAGUGCUGCCCUUUCCCCGCCCUCCCCCUCAUCCGCAGAUGAAGGAGAAGAAUUCUAUUCGCCUAUGCGGUAUCAUCCUGCUAUUCCAGGAGGACUUGCAUUGUCGGCAGUGCCAGAACAAUAUCGCUUAUCCAGUAGUUCGUCACAGUCCAGCAUCGAGUAUGGAGAUGUAUGAACAUUAACUAUUGUGACAAUAAAGCACAAAGAGACUGAACA